UGAUUACUGCAAGCGCAAGGGAAGGAGGCCAAAGGAAGCUCCAGGCUUGGAAAGGCAAUGGACAUGGGAGUGAGGAAAGAACUGCCGUGGAUGGCCUCAGUGGGUCAGCUGGCGUACCUGGGUUGAUGCGAAACCUAGAUUGGAAUGGACCGGGUUCAGGUGGUAAGAUGGAGUCAUCAGCAGAAGACCCAGACCUUGACUAAGCCUCCACUGAGGCUGGAACCGAGAUGAAGGAGGCCCUGAGGCAACGCCAGGGAAAGGAACCGGAGACACCGAGGCAGCAACAGGGGGAGCUGCCUUUGCCCCAGGAGACGACGGUGGAGCUGAGCUGUGGAGCAGGGCCUCUGCGAGUGAUCCUGGGCCCAGGGCAGGCGGCGGUGCUGGACUGUAGUCUGGGGGCUGCCACAGCCGGACCUCCCACCAGUGUGACAUGGAGCAAGGAUGGAGGCGCCCUGCCGGAGCACGACCACCUACGCCUGCUCCCCAAUGGCUCCCUGUGGCUGUCCCAGCCACUAGCACCCAACGGCAGUGACAAGGCUGCCCCUGGAGCCCCGGAGGUCAUUGAGGGCAACUAUUCCUGCCUGGCCCACGGCCCCCUCGGAGUGGUGGCCAGCCAGGCCGCUGUGCUCAAGCUUGCCUCACUGGCAGGCUUCUCUCUGCACCCGGAGUCUCAGACGGUGGAGGAGAAUGGGACAGCUCGGUUUGAGUGCCACAUUGAAGGGCUGCCAGCCCCUGUCAUUACUUGGGAGAAGGACCAGGUGGCGGUGCCUGAGGAGCCUCGAUUCAUCACUCUUCCCAACGGGGUCCUCCAGAUCUUGGAUGUUCAGGAGGGUGAUGCAGGCUCCUACCGCUGCGUGGCCACCAACUCAGCCCACCAGCGCUUCAGCCAGGAGGCCGCACUCAGCGUGACUCACAGAGGGUCCCUGGUGUCCACUCAGGGGCAGGAUGUGGUCAUCGUGGCAGCCCCAGAGAACACCACGGUGGUGUCUGGCCAGAGUGUGGUGAUGGAGUGUGUGGCCUCGGCUGACCCCACCCCUUUUGUGUCCUGGGUCCGACAGGAUGGGAAGCCUAUCGCCACGGAUGUCAUCGUCUUGGGCCGCACCAACUUGCUAAUCUCCAGGGCACAGCCCCGGCAUUCGGGUGUCUAUGUCUGCAGGGCCAAUAAGCCCCUUACACGCGACUUUGCCACCGCUGCGGCUGAGCUCCGAGUGCUGGCGGCCCCUGCCAUCUCGCAGGCGCCCGAGGCGCUGUCGCGGACGCGGGCGAGCACCGCGCGCUUCGUGUGCCGCGCGUCGGGGGAGCCGCGGCCCGCGCUGCGCUGGCUGCACGAUGGGGCGCCGCUGAGGCCCAACGGGCGCGUCAAGGUGCAGGGCGGAGGUGGUAGUCUGGUCAUCACGCAGAUCGGCCUGCAGGACGCCGGCUACUACCAGUGUGUGGCCGAGAACCACGCGGGCACAGCGUGCGCCGCCGCCCCGCUGGCCGUCGUGGUGCGCGAGGGGCUGCCCAGCGCCCCCACGCGCGUCACGGCCACGCCGCUGAGCAGCUCCGCGGUCCUGGUGGCCUGGGAACGACCCGAACUUCACAGCGAGCAGAUCAUCGGCUUCUCUCUCCACUACCAGAAGGCACGGGGAAUGGACAAUGUGGAGUACCAGUUUGCAGUGAACAAUGACACCACAGAGCUACAGGUUCGGGACCUGGAACCCAACACUGAUUAUGAGUUCUACGUGGUGGCCUACUCCCAGCUGGGGGCCAGCCGCACCUCCACCCCAGCGCUGGUCCACACACUGGAUGAUGUCCCCAGCGCAGCACCUCAGCUCUCCCUGUCCAGCCCCAACCCCUCGGACAUCAGGGUGGCGUGGCUGCCCCUGCCUCCCAGCCUGAGCAAUGGGCAGGUGGUGAAGUACAAGAUAGAGUACGGUUUGGGAAAGGAAGAUCAGAUUUUCUUCACCGAGGUGCCAGGAAACGAGACACAGCUUACGUUAAACUCGCUCCAGCCCAGCAAGGUAUAUCGAGUGCGAAUCUCAGCUGGCACAGGGGCUGGCUACGGGGCCGCCUCACAAUGGGUGCAGCACAGGACGCCCAGUGUGCACAACCAGAGCCACGUCCCUUUUGCCCCUGCAGAGUUGAAGGUACGGGCGAGGAUGGAGUCCCUGGUCGUUUCCUGGCAGCCACCCCCUCAUCCCGCCCAGAUCUCUGGCUACAAACUGUACUGGCGGGAGGUGGGGGCUGAGGAGGAGGCUGAUGGUGAAAGCCCCCCAGGGGGCCGUGGAGACCAGGCUUGGGAUGUGGGGCCUGUCCGGCUCAAGAAGAAAGUGAAGCAGUAUGAGCUGACCCAGCUAGUCCCCGGCCGGCUGUAUGAGGUGAAGCUCGUGGCAUUCAACAAGCAUGAGGACGGCUAUGCAGCAGUGUGGAAGGGCAAAACGGAGAAGGCCCCCAUACCAGAUCUACCCAUCCAAAGGGGACCACCUUUGCCCCCUGCCCAUGUCCACGCAGAAUCCAACAGCUCCACAUCCAUUUGGCUUCGAUGGAAAAAACCAGAUUUCACCACAGUCAAGAUUGUCAACUACACUGUGCGCUUCAGCCCCUGGGGUCUCAGAAAUGCCUCCCUGGUCACCUAUUACACCAGCUCUGGAGAAGACAUCCUCAUUGGCGGACUGAAGCCAUUCACCAAAUAUGAGUUUGCGAUACAGUCACACGGUGUGGACAUGGAUGGGCCUUUCGGCUCAGUGGUGGAGCGCUCCACCCUGCCUGACCGACCCUCAACACCCCCAUCUGACUUGCGCCUGAGCUCCCUGACACCGUCCACUGUUCGGCUGCACUGGUGCCCUCCCACAGAGCCCAAUGGCGAGAUCGUGGAGUAUCUGAUCCUGUACAGCAACAACCAUACCCAACCCGAGCACCAGUGGACCCUGCUCACCACUGAGGGAAACAUCUUCAGUGUUGAGGUGCAUGGCCUGGAGAGCGAUACCAGGUACUUCUUCAAGAUGGGGGCACGCACCGAGGUGGGGCCUGGACCCUUCUCUAGCCUACGAGAUGUGAUCACUCUGCAGGAAAAGCUCUCAGACUCCUUGGAUGUGCACUCAGUCACGGGCAUCAUAGUGGGUGUCUGCCUGGGCCUCCUCUGCCUCCUGGCCUGCAUGUGUGCUGGCCUGCGCCGCAGCCCCCACAGGGAAACCCUCCCAGGACUGUCCUCCACGGCCACCGCUAGAAACCCUGCACUGUACUCCCGAGCCCGACUGGCUCCCCCUAACCCCCCAACUGCCCAUGAACUGGAGUCCCUUGUGCACCCCCGUCCCCAAGAAUGGUCCCCACCACCAUCAGACAUCGAGGACCGGGCUGAAGUGCACAGCCUCAUGGGUGGUGGUGUUUCAGACUGCCGGGGUCACUCCAAGAGAAAGGUCUCCUGGACUCAGCCCGGUGGACCCACCUGGGCAGGUUCCUGGGCAGGCUGUGAGCUGCCCCAAGCAGGCCCCGUGCCCUCUCUGACCCGGGCCCUGCUGCCCCCUGCUGGAACUGGGCAGACACUGUUGCUUCAGGCUCUCGUGUAUGACGCCAUAAAGGGCAAUGGGAGGAAGAAGCCGCCCCCAGCCUGCAGGAACCAGGUGGAGGCUGAAGUCAUUGUCCACUCUGACUUUAGUGCCUCCAAAGGGAACCCUGACCUCCACGUCCAAGACCUGGAACCUGAGGAGACCCUGUGUUUGGAUGCGCCUGAACUCACCUUGGGGGUUGUAGAUCCAGGGCAAGGAGCAGACUGGCUGGACACAGAGCUGGGAGGGUGUGAGCAGGCAACUAAUGGGCCAGAUAGACUUACGUGCCUGCCAGAGGCAGCCAAUGCUUCCUGCCCCUACCCGGACCUCCAGUCCAGUGAGGCUUUGGAGGAGGUCCCUGGAAAUAGCUGCCAGCCAAAGGCCCCAAGCCCUCUAGGAGCCAGUCCAGGCCUGCCCAGAGCCCCAGUCUCCUCCUCUGCUUAGCUCUGUAGCGGGUGCAGUUGGGGCAGGCUGGUGUGGAUCACAGGACAUGACAUGUGUGGCCACAAGUGCACACACAUGUACCUGCAGAUACUGAGCACCACCAAGCCAUCCGGAGCCUUCUCGGGUGCUUUGGCUGGGGGAACAGGGAGAAAUGGAUUGAUUCACUCCUCCCAUACUCGACGCAUGUGAUAUGUGAAAGACACAUGAGGCACCGCUAAAUGUGAUAUACGCACGUGUGAAGCACGAAUAUGUGCUGGUUGACGAACUGGGGACCUUGGUCCAGGCAAUGGUCACCACGGCCUAACUGAUCCUCCAGGUCAGGACAGUGUCCCAAAGUGGUCCGUCACCAGCCCUGAGGGCCCCGCACCUCCGCUGCCCAGCCUUUUAUUACACUCUGAGAGUGUCUCCAAUGCCCUGUCUGACAAAGACAGCCCCAGCCCAUUUUCCUGUCUGGCUGGGCUGAGCGCGAGUAGGCUCUGAAUGCCUGACAUUUUAGCUGCAUUGCCUCCGUCUCCCAUGUCCCCACGGCCCAAGUCGAGAGGGUGACCCUGGCUCCCCUCGAAGCAACUCUGCAUUUAAUUUUGUAAUUUGGGAAGUGCCUGGUCUUGAAAUCUCUUUCUUUCCCUCCCCUUCACUGUUCUGUUGGUCUGUCUCCCAGCCUCCUUCCCUCCCAGUUCGAUUCUAGUGUCCCAUUCUGCUCCUCCUUGCUGAUACUCUCCUUUCCUCUGUGCUUUGUGUCCUCCGUGAGUCUCUGCUGGCUCUCUCGCCUCUCCCAGACUGUGUCAUGUGGCUGUCCUGCCUGGGCUGCAGCUCUGCAUCCUCCCCUAACAACAUGACUACCUCAUGUCUGCUUCGAGGCCAUAGCUGACUCCUGUGUCUGCCGUUCACUCACUCGCUGGUCAUCCUCCUGUCCCCUCUUCUCUCUGUGCCUCCUCACGCCUCUCCCCAGGCAGACUGCCCAGGCCCAGUGCAGAUGUGGGGAAGGCCUUCCAACUGCCCUGGUAUCUUUCUCCCUGGGAUCGAGAUAGGUGAGUUCUCCUUGGAGUUGAUGAAUCCAAGUCACACAAGGGGAUUUUUGAGACAGGGAGAGUGUGACCCAGAGGCUCAGGAUAAAAUUACUCCCUUUUCUGCAGGGAGGUGGGUUUGCUUGAUGGUGGGGGUUAAGGUCCACCUUUCUUUCCAGUUGAAGCUAAAGGAGGGGCAAGGGUGGGAGUUAGUGUACCCCCAACCCAGCCCCAACAGCCCAGCCAUUCCCCUCUAUGUACCUUGAAGAAGUGGUAGAGUUGGUAGUGAGGGGGAAUCUUAUCCUCUGGGGUGCUGGAAGGGAGGUCUUUGCACAGGACAAAAGUGAUUGGCUCCUUUCCUUUCGUUUUGUUUUUGCUUAUUGAAUCCUGAAGUCAUUUUCUGCUGACCCACCACCCAGAGACAAGCUUGACUUCUAUUUCCCGUGUGGAGGAAACAAUGUCAUUUGUUUGAUUUUUGCACCUCAGCUUCUUAGAGAAGCCUAGAACAAGAGGUUUUUCCUCCCUAAGUGCAUCUCUUGAACAGAUUGGCACAUCAAGGGUUAACUCUGGCUUCUGGGCCAAAUUAGAAAUAACCAGUCUAUCUUUCCUAGGUUUUUUUUUUUUUUUUUUUCCUCUCUUUUAAUGGUGAAAUGCCUCUCAGUGGAGUUGCAGCUUCCUCAGACCCUUUCAGCAUCUGUUUAUUACACUCGGGUGUCACUCACGUUUGACAUCCCGCACCUACAUUUCCUCCCCCUCCCCCUCCUUCAGCCAGCUUAUGAUAACACUAAAGAUUAUUAAUGUUGGUUUUGUAUCUUGUUAAGGACAGAAUUGUCACUUGUACUGUUUCUGUAGCAUUCAGCCUUGCUGUGGCUAACACCACUGUCUAUGUUUCAUCAUUGCUCUGAAGGUCAAAAGCCUCAUUUUAUUUUGCUGGUCUGAUUUUUUUUUUUUCCAGGGGAAAAAAAGUGCCCUGAAUAAAAUGGCUGUUUUAACAGUAGGCUCUUAGCAUUACACCACAUAGUCAUUUUUCAUGUUCUUGUUUAACAGGCACUGAGGUUCUGGUUUAAAUUAAAUAGCUGCAAAUGAGACAAUUUAUAACCCAUUAGGUUGGGUGGAAAAUUGUUUCUCAAAAGCAAAUAAGUAAUAAAUCUGGUAUCUGCCUAUAACUCACAGUUGAUAAGAAAGUGGCCAUUACUCACUAGCAUUAUAUAUGAUUUGGGCUCUGGGUAAUUUGGAAGUGUUAGGUUUGUGUCUUUGUAGCAGUAUUUUUAUUAGAAAAGAGUCUAUUGGCCUUUUACAGGGUAUUAAUUGCUUUUGUCACCCACCAUUGAUGCCUUAUGUUUUUUGAGUCUCACUUAAAAACCUUCCUUUUCUUGAUGCAUGACAAGUGUAAUCAAUAUGUGCUCAUUUAUUUGUCUGUAUUUAGUUUAUGCUAUAUUAUUUAAUUACUUUUCCAGCAGUUUUCUUUUUCUUACAAAUAUGAUAUUCUUUAGUGUUAAGCCAAGGCAUUGAUCAUGUAUCUGUCCCUAUAAUGAGUUAAUAAACUAUUUUCCAAAAA